GCUCCCGCCGCGCAGCGCUCCCCGGCCCGGAGCGAGCGGGCGAGGCCGGCGCGGGGGCCGGCCCGGCUUCCUCCUCGCCGCCCGCGGCCGUCCCCGGGCGGGCGCGCGCCGCGAUGGCAGCGGCCGAGCGGGGCUGAGCCCGCCGCCCGCCCGCAGCCCCCGGCCCGCGCUGGCCCCAGCCAUGGCGAAGCAGUACGAUGUGCUGUUCCGGUUGCUGCUGAUCGGGGACUCCGGGGUGGGCAAGACCUGCCUGCUGUGCCGCUUCACCGACAACGAGUUCCACUCCUCGCACAUCUCCACCAUCGGAAGCUGUUAUUCUGCAGAGGGAUGAGAGAACGACCUCCUACUAUGCGCACGACCUCCUACUAUGUGCACGUGCUUCACAUCCACUGCCUAAUUCGUAUCCCACAACAGCUCUUAGGAGGCCAGUGGUAUUGUCAUUCUACAGGCGUGGAUUUUAAGAUGAAGACCAUAGAGGUAGAUGGCAUCAAAGUGCGGAUACAGAUUUGGGACACAGCGGGGCAGGAGAGAUAUCAGACCAUCACAAAGCAGUACUAUCGACGGGCCCAGGGGAUAUUUUUAGUCUACGACAUUAGCAGCGAGCGCUCUUACCAGCACAUCAUGAAGUGGGUCAGUGAUGUGGAUGAGUAUGCACCAGAAGGUGUCCAGAAGAUCCUCAUAGGGAAUAAGGCCGAUGAAGAGCAGAAGCGGCAGGUGGGAAGAGAGCAAGGGCAGCAGCUGGCUAAAGAGUACGGCAUGGACUUCUAUGAAACAAGUGCCUGCACCAACCUCAACAUUAAAGAGUCUUUCACGCGGUUGACAGAGCUGGUGCUGCAGGCCCACAGGAAGGAGCUGGAUGGUCUCCGGACACGUGCCAGCAAUGAGUUGGCAUUGGCCGAGCUGGAGGAGGAUGAGGGCAAACCUGAGGGCCCAGCGAACUCUUCAAAAACCUGCUGGUGCUGAGGGUCCUGCGUGGAGCAGCCGCCAAUCCCCCUCCCCUCAGGAGGCCUGUGGCAGACAGGGAGUCCGGGCUUUGCCCUGCUUCUCCUCUCACUUGGGUGACCCUGUGGAAUACCAGUAGCUGCUACUCCCCUGCCUGGCCCUGAGAGCAGCCCCGCUGUCAUCUUUGAGCAGCCUCUGCCCCCAGCCCCUCCAGCCUGGAGUGGCUCCCUUCAGCCUGUUUCCCUGCCACGGGUCUGCUAUGAGCCCCCAGUACGCUAUGGGCACUGUCUCACCGCCCCGAGCUCCCCGGACAGUGGCCCAGUCUGGAGUACGGCCACUUUAAGGCCCCUUCUUUCUCAGUGCAUCUUGCCUCCUCUCUGCUUUUUCUCUCUUCCUCCCACUUCUCUUUCUUGUCCCCUUCCCCUCCAGUGUGUUUUGUAUCAAAGCCCCUCACACCUCUUUCCCUGUAUGUCCUCCUGUGUGGCUGCUGGUGCAGCUUCUUUCUUUCCUUUCUCCCUAACCCUGUCCAAGGGAAUGGACUCAGGCUCAUGGGGAUGUUCCAUAUUCUUCUUCUGGGAGAACCCCCCUGCUUUGUGAAGGGGCCAAAGCCUACAGGGUACUUCUUCCUAUCUUCCCUCCCCACCGUCGCUUCUCACGCCAUGGGCCUGCCUCACCAGUGGUCUGGGGAAAUGUACCUCAAGGCAGGAAGGAAACGCCAACCUGGUGGUCCUCAAGACUGGGGCUGUCCCACCUUUCCCUGCCUGCCCCCCCACCCCCCAGCUUGGGCCUUGCUUGGCCGCCUGCCCACCUGCCUCUUGGGGGAAGUGAGCUCAGAAGCAGGUGCUUCAGAGAAGAAAACAAAAUGUUGUGGGGAGGCAGGGAUAAGAAGUCACCUCCGUUCUCUACCUCCCGUGCCCCUUGUAUGCAGUUUCUCCCCACCUGGGCUCCUGAAUUUAAAGACAUGGACCGAGGCCUCAGGGCACUGCAGGGGCAAGGAAAGCCAGGGGCCAGCGAUAUUGACAAGCAAACCACACACCCCCAGAAAGAGGAGUGUCUGGAGAUGAAGGUCUAGCCCCUAUAUAUCAGGUUAAAGCAAGGGGGAGGAGGCCAGAGACGGCAUUGUGCACACCAGAGGGGAAUAUGGCAGAAGCAGAGCUCCCUGGGCCCCGGCUUCCCUUUCUGUGUAAGAAGGGCCUUUCCCCGCAACCCCCUGGCAAGUAAGAGGGGACAUAUCCACCCAACCCAGCCUUCAGCUCUCAAGGUUUCGCUGAGACUCAAAGUCUAUGGGAGAAGAGCUGUGACUUCAUGGGGAGAGAGAAAGAAGGCCCUGGGUAGAAAUGCUUGGUGCUGUUCUCUUCAGCCUUCCAGACAAAGUGCUCAUCUUGCCCCUCUAGCUCCUGGAACAGGAGCCACCGGCACUGUGGCUACAGGAGGAGGGAAGUGGACUCCCUCCUCCAGAGCUCUUCAUUCAGGAAGAAGUUCCUUUAACCCCACAUGGCCCAAGAGUGGCUUGAAGGAGGUGCUUUAAAGAAGGAACAAGUCAGUUAGCAGCCCUAGUAGGGUUCCUCCCCACCUUCCCAAGGAGGAGGCUCAUUCUUAAGCUACAUAUUAGCAGCAUCACAUGGCUAGGGCUGGAGCUAAGACAACACUGAACGUUCAUCAACUAAGGACCAAAGUCCAGGGCACACACAGGUGAAGGAUUAAGAGCCCCACUUCCUUAUUCCUCCCAAAAAAAAAAAAACAAACAAAAAACAAAAGUGGGGAAGAAAUGACCAAACCUUUCCUUCUGACUCUUAUCAGAGUAGGAGAGGGUAGCUCAGGAUGUAGGGACAGGGAUAGGUUAACCGUAGUGGAAGGAAAAGGAGGGCAGGAAUAGUUACAAAUUGUUAGCUAAUGAGAAAUUUAGAUAAAGACUCUUUAGGAUGAAGUCAUGACUAUGGCUGGGAUGCUUUCUUGAGGACUGACUCCUCAGGUGUUAGACACAGCAUCACACUGGGGGCAGGGAGAUGGUUAUGCCAACCCACAGUGUGCCCUCUGCCAGGGACUUCAGGGCGCUGGCUCCAACCUGGAUCAGUAUUGCAGCUUUCCCUGAGGAUCAGGCAGAGCACCAUUGCCUUUCUCUCCUAGCCCCCUUGGGACAGAGGGACUAUAUUUUUACUGUACCCUAGGGGUUCUGGAAGGGAAAGCAUAGGGUGGAGAUUCUAUGAACUGAUUAGCCCCAUCCCCAAGGGCCACAGCUGGGGAGAGGUAUGGGAGCCAGAGGGUUGAACUUUUAGGGUGCAGCUAUGCUCACAAGGAAUUGGAGUCGGCAUCUCACCCCUAAACUUCUCCAGUCCAAGAGGUGGCCUGGGAUCUGGCAUUAGGCCCAGAGUUUUGCACAGGUACUUCUGCCUGUUUACUUAUCACCUCUGCAUCUGCUGUCUUGAGAUUCAGCCCAGCCCCAGGCAUUUCCACCUGCUCCAGAGCCCCCACCAUCUCCCUGUGACGGGUGAACUUUGUGUACUGUGUCUCAGAACCAAUAUAUGACUUGUGAGCAGGGUUCAUCUAUUUUAAACACAGAUGUUUACAAAAUAAAGAAUAUUUCAAACCAGA